ACCCAGGGACCACAGAAUGGACACCAGCUAGCUGUGCUUUGGUUGUCCUUUAGUUUGUCAUCUUGUUCCCAUUUCUUUACUAGUCUGGACUUUUCAUGCUCGUUUACAGAAAACACACAAUUCUGAGUUUUUAUUCUCUGUUCUCUCAACAGCCAUCCCUCUAGACUCUCUACACUGCUGAAUCCUCAAACUUUAUUCACCAAAAAAGAAAAAAGAAUUCCUCAAAAUUUUUCUGUAGGUUCUCUGCUCUUUUGGCUUCACUACUCAAAGUGAGGAUAGGAAGAAGCUGUAGCCGACCAAUCUUUUGAUAUCUAAGACAAGGACAGAGUGAGCGUUCUUCCAAUUCAAAAUAUAUAUAUAUAUAUAUAUGGAGGCUUGUAUUUCCAUUGUUGGAUCCAUUCUUGGCUCUCUUGCUGGGAAAGCGGCGGAGUACACGGUUGAUCCCAUUGCACGACAAGUUAGUUACUUGUUCAACCAUAAGAGCAAUUUUCAAAACCUCAGGGAUCAAUUUAAAAAACUGAAGGAUGCAAGAGACAGAGUGCAAGCGGAUGUUGAUGCGGCUAACACACAGGGAGAGGAGAUAUUUAACGAUGUGGAUACGUGGUUGACUACGGUCAAUAGGAAGAUCUGUGACCAGCCUGCUGCGCAAAUGGAUGAGGAUGAAGAGAAAGCAAUGCAGAGGUGUUUCCUUGGGUUAUGUCCUAAUUUUAAUUCUCGUUACAAACUCAGUAGAAAAGCUGAGAAAGAGGCCAACACCAUUGCUGAACUCUUGAAAGAUAAAGACCGAUUUGAUGGAGUUUCCCACAGACCUGCUCCAGAAGGGAUAGCUACUAGACCUGUGAGAGAGUACGAGGACUUUGAGUCAAGAACGGGUGCUUUCAAUGCGGUCAUGGGGGCGCUUAAAGAUGCUAAUUUGAGCAUAAUUGGUGUUUACGGGAUGGGGGGUGUGGGUAAAACCACACUAGUUAAACAAGUUGCUAGACAAGCCAAGGAAGAAUAUUUGUUUGAUAGGGUGGUCAUGGCAGCCGUAACCCAGAGUUUUGACAUCAAGAAAAUUCAAGAUCUGAUUGCAGAUGAAUUGGGUCUGGAGUUUAAAAGCCAGAGUGAGCCCGGGAAAGCGGACGAACUACGUAAAAGCCUAAAGAAAAGCAAGAAAGUUCUUGUUAUUUUGGAUGAUAUUUGGGUGAAAUUGGAUAUGGAGGCUCUAGGAAUUCCUUACGGAGGAGAACACCAAGGAUGCAAGAUCCUGUUGACGUCUAGAGAGCUCAAUGCUUUAUCUUCGAUGGAUUCGCAGAAAAACAUUCCUAUUGACUUAUUAGAAGAAGAAGAAGCGUGGAGCCUGUUUAGGAAGAUGGCUGGUGAUAUUGUUCUAAGCCCUGAGUUUCAUGCCACGGCGAUUGAAGUGGCCAAAAAAUGUGCUAGAUUGCCGAUUGCCAUUGUAACAGUUGGGAAGGCUAUGAAAAAUAAGAAGAAUUUGUCUGAAUGGAGGAAUGCUUUGCAAAAACUAAGAAGGCCUUCUAAAAGAAACUUUCAAGGGAUAUCCAAAGAUGUAUAUUCAGCUAUAGAGUUGAGUUACAACUUUUUAGAAGUUGAGGAAUAUCGACAAACUUUCCUACUCUGUAGCAUAAUGGGACAUGAUGCGACCAUUGAGGACUUGUUGAAAUAUGGCAUGGGUUUGGGUUUAUUUCAUGGAGUUGACACAAUCGAAGAAGCCCGAAAUGAAGUGUCCGCAUUGGUUAGUGACCUCAAAAGAUCUUCUUUGUUACUUGAUGGUUCUACCUUUGAGUGCUUUGAUAUGCAUGACGUUGUUCGUGAUGUUGCCAUAUCGAUCGCUUCGAGGGACCACCAUUGGCUUGCUAGGGAUGAUGUAUUCAAAGAGUUGUCAAAUGAGGAAACGAUGAGAAAUUGCGAACUCAUCAGCUUGCAGUAUGCUAAGGUUUGUGAGGUUCCUGAUCAUGAUCAAUUGGAAUGUCCAAAUCUUACCUUUUUAUCUUUGGGUAGUGAGGAUUCUUCUUUGAAAAUUUCAAACAACUUCUUUAGGGGAACGCAAAAACUCAGAGUCUUAGAUUUUGGCAAAAUGUAUUUUCCAUUCUUGCCUUUGUCAUUUUGUUUCCUAAAAAAUCUUCAUACUAUAUGUUUUUCUGGAUGCAUGUUAAAAGAUAUAGUCAUCAUUGGAGAGUUAAAGAAUUUAGAAAUCCUUAGCCUCCGUAAAUCUAAAAUUACAGUGCUACCGGGGGAAAUAGGACAAUUGAUCAAGCUAAAAUUGCUAGAUUUGAGUCAUUGUUCCAGUCUUGAAGUAAUAGCACCAAAUGUCUUGUCAAGUUUAUCCCGAUUGGAAGAAUUAUACCUACUUGAUAGCUUUGAUAGAUGGGAGGUUGAGGUACAUGAGAAGCCAAGAACUAAUGCUGGCCUUGUUGAGUUGCAACAUAUGCCUCAUUUGACAACUUUGGAAGUCGAUAUUCCUAUUGUGCAAGCUAUGCCAAAAGAAUUGUUUUCUGAAAAGUUGGAAAGAUACAGAAUUUCCAUUGGAGGGAAGUGGUGGGGGAAUUAUAAGCCAGAAACCUCGAGAGAGUUGAAUCUCAAGUUGAAUAAAAGUAUUCAUUUGGACGAUAGUGGGGUUAAAACGUUGUUGAGGAAAACUGAAACUCUACUUCUGGAUGCAGUGAAAGAUGCUAUGGACAUGCUUUGUGAUCCAGAUACUGAAGGUUUCCCACAUUUAAAACAUCUUAAUGUCCGCAAUGAUGCAGAGGUUAAAUAUCUCAUUAACUCCAUGGAGUUGGCUUCUUGUAAAGCAUUUCCUCUUUUGGAGACAUUGUUUCUUUUUAAACUGAACAAUUUGGAGGCCAUAUAUUAUGGUCAACUCCAAGCUGAAUGUUUCGGUCAACUAAGAAAGAUAGGAGUAAGAGAUUGUAAUAUGUUGAAGAAUUUGUUCUCAUUCGCCUUAGCCAGAAAGCUCGGCCACCUUGAAGAAAUUGGUGUAUCUAAUUGCGAGAAUUUCACAGAGUUAAUUGUAGAAAAGAGGGAGGAAGAGAUUGGUGAUGAUGACAUUUUAGAAUUCAGCCAAUUACGCUCUUUAAGGUUAGAAAAUCUACCAAGUUUCAUUGGCUUGUUUAACUCAGAAAAAAGGCUUUCCUCGUCUCAACAAGGAAGAGUUCAAUCAAUUGAUGGAAGUUCAACUGCCACAUCGCUUUUUGACCGAAAGGUCGUGUUCCCAUGCUUAAAAGAGUUGUGGUUAGAUUCAAUCAUAGUUGAAAAAUUAUGGCAUGAUCAGCUUUCAGUAACGUCUUUUGGUGUUGGAAAUUUAACCGAGUUGACUGUUCAGGGCUGUCAUAAUUUGAAGAAUCUAUUUACUUCUUCUAUGGUUGAAAGCUUCGUGCAUCUGAAAUCACUUCAUAUUAGGAAUUGCAAUGAAAUUGAAGAGGUAAUAACAGUGACAGAAGGAUUACUGGAAGAAGAAAGGAUGAGGAAAAUGGUAUUUCCUAAACUAGACUACUUGAAGCUCUCGUAUCUUCCCAAUCUCAAAAGAUUUUGUUGUGGAAAUCCAAUUGAAUUCCUCUCUUUAAGGGAACUAAGGAUUGAUGAAUGUCCAGAUUUGAACACAUUUCAUUCUGAUUUUACAAGUGUGGGUACAAUUGUUGGAAAUGAAGCAGGAAAGAGCAGCAUGUCAAUGGUGAAUCCCUGCACUGAUGUACCAAAAUAUCUAUUCGAUGAAAAGGUAUUUUUUAAUGCUUUUCUCCAUUUUUUGAACAUAAAAUUUUUGUUUCAUACAUUGUUGGUUGUGUUCCCAGUCUUAGAGGAGUUGGAAGUGUAUUUCUGUCAUAAUUUGAAGAAUCUAUUUACUUCCUCUAUGGUUGAAAGCUUUGUGCAACUGAAAAGACUUGUUGUUGGAAAUUGUAAUGAAAUGGAAGAGAUAAUAACAGUGACGGAAGGAUUAGUUGAAGAAGAAAGGAUGAGGAAAAUGGUGUUUCCUAAACUAGACUACUUGGAGCUCUCGGUUCUUCCCAAUCUCAAAAGAUUUUGUGGAAAUCCAAUUGAAUUCCCCUAUCUAAGGGAACUAAGGAUGGUUGGAGAUAAUGCGGGAAAAGGCAGCAUCUUAACGGAGAACCUGUUCAAUGAAAAGGUUGUGUUCCCAGGCUUAGAGCAGUUGUAUCUACAGUCAAUCCCAGAGAAAAAACUAUGGCAUGAGCAACUUUCAGUAACUUCUUUUGGUGUUCAAAAUUUAACAAAGUUGGAAGUGUACGUCAGCCAUAAUUUGAAGCAUAUAUUUACUUCUGCUAUGGUUGAAAGCUUUGUGCAACUGAAAACACUUAAUAUUGAAGAAUGUGAUGAACUUGAAGAGAUAAUAAUAGUGACGGAAGGAUUAGUAGAAGAAGAAGAAAGGAUGAGGAAAAUGGUGUUUCCUAAAUUAGACUGCUUAAAGCUCAAGCAUCUUCCUAAGCUCAAAAGAUUUGGCUUUGGAAAUCCGAUUGAAUUCCCUUCUCUAACAUAUCUGUAUAUAGAAGGAUGUCCUGUUUUGAAUACAGUCCAUUCUGAUUCUACAAGUGUGGGAACAAUUGUUGGAAAUGAAGCAGAAAAGAGCAGCAUCUCAAUGGAGAACCUCCACUCGGAUGUCUUAAAAUACCUAUUCAGUGAAAAGGUAAAACUAUAUGUUUAA